AUGGCGAGUUCGAGCGGCCGGCGAAUGAUGUCACCCCUGGGCGGGGCCUUCUCCCUCCUCAGCGCCCUCCCCAUUGGCCGGUGGGCGCGGGUCGCUGGGCGGUGCGGGUCGCGCGGCGGUUCUUCAGGCGCCAGAGAGCGGCUGCGGGGCUGCCGCUCGGUCUACUCAAUUACAGCAGUUUCCUCCGUGCGAGGAGACAGCCGGUGCUUUCGGUUACAGCGGCGCGGAGCGGGCAAAGCACGGGAGAACGUUCUCCCGCGGCGGGCGGGCGGGCGGACCCCCCGCACGGCCGGCCGUCACGCCCCUCGCAGCGAGCGGGCGGCCGGGGGCUUCGGAGAGGAGGAAGCCUCCCCGCACCCUCCUCGUCCGCCCCUGGCAAACGGCUGCGGGCGGGGAGCGAUGCCAGGUGCUCGCACCGCGUUGUGCCCGCAGGGCGGCCGGCGGCUCCAGCCGGAACACUGGAUUUUAUUAAAUUGUUCACGGCCUCUCCCCUCGCGGCGUUCCAGCGCGCUGCAGCCUAUCGCUCUCGCCGAGGGCUGCGGCGGGGGGGCGCCGUCCCGCCGCGGCGCUGACGGGACGCGGAGCUCCCUCCCCGCCGAGGCCCGGCCGCCUCCUCCGCCCCGGGGCACGCCGGGAGCUAUUCAGAGCACUACCUUUGCAAACAGCUCGGUAAAAGGUGGAAGACAAAAGGAACAAGCUGUUGAAUGGUAUAAGAAAGGAAUUGAAGAACUGGAAAAAGGAAUAGCUGUCUUAGUAAUUGGUCAAGGUGAUCAGUGUGAACGGGCUCGACGUCUGCAAUCUAAAAUGAUGACAAAUUUGGCAAUGGCCAAGGAUCGCUUGCAGCUUUUAGAGAAGCUGCAGGCAGUUUUGCAAAUUCCCAAGCCGCAAAUGGAGGUCUAUAAUGACAGUACUAACCUGGCAUGCCGCAAUGGACAUCUCCAGUCAGAAAGUGGAGCGGUUCCAAAAAAGAAGGAUCCCUUAACACACACGAGUAAUUCCCUUCCUCGUUCAAAAACUGUUGCAAAAACUGGAUCUACAGGCCUUUCAGGUCACCAUAGAACACCUAGCUACAGUGGGAUAUCAACUUCUUCUGUGUCUAGACCAGCACCUAAUCCUGCAGCUUCAACUCAUAAGGCUGCUCCUAAAAACAGCAGAACAAAUAAGCCUUCUACUCCUACCACUGCUCCUCGAAAAAAGAAAGACUUGAAGAUAUUUAGAAAUGUGGACAGUAAUCUUGCUAAUCUUAUCCUGAAUGAAAUUGUUGAUAGUGGACCAGCUGUCAAAUUUGAUGAUAUUGCAGGGCAGGAACUGGCUAAACAAGCUUUGCAAGAAAUUGUUAUCCUCCCUUCUCUUAGACCUGAGUUAUUUACAGGACUUAGAGCUCCUGCACGUGGUUUACUGCUGUUUGGCCCUCCAGGAAAUGGGAAGACAAUGUUGGCCAAAGCAGUUGCUGCAGAAUCAAAUGCUACUUUCUUUAAUAUAAGUGCAGCAAGCCUAACUUCAAAAUACGUGGGUGAAGGGGAGAAACUGGUGCGUGCUCUAUUUGCAGUAGCCAGAGAACUUCAGCCUUCUAUAAUUUUCAUUGAUGAAGUUGAUAGCCUUUUGUGUGAAAGACGAGAAGGUGAACAUGAUGCUAGUAGGCGUCUAAAAACAGAAUUUUUAAUAGAAUUUGAUGGUGUGCAGUCUUCUGGAGAGGACAGAAUACUUGUGAUGGGAGCAACAAACAGGCCACAGGAGCUUGAUGAUGCUGUUCUCAGACGAUUCACCAAACGGGUAUACGUGUCUUUACCAAAUGAGGAAACAAGAUUGAUUUUGCUAAAAAAUCUUCUAAGCAAGCAAGGAAGUCCAUUGACCCAAAAAGAGUUGGCGCAACUAGCUAGAAUGACAGAUGGAUACUCUGGAAGUGAUUUAACUGCAUUAGCGAAGGAUGCAGCGCUGGGCCCUAUUCGAGAACUAAAACCAGAACAGGUGAAGAACAUGUCUGCCAGUGAGAUGAGAAAUAUCAAACUAUCAGAUUUCACUGAGUCUUUGAAGAAGAUAAAGCGCAGUUUGAGCCCUCAGACCCUGGAAGCAUAUAUUCGCUGGAACAAGGACUUUGGAGAUACCACAGUGUGAAACACUACUUGAAGUGAAACAAAGUGCUGCCUAAGGAGCAAUUGGUACAGGCUACUGGAAAGCAGCCAGAGUUUACAGGACUUUACAGAUCUUUAAGUAUCUGCGUUAAAACUUGAGAUUAAGAAAAAAUUAUACAAUGUGAAAUGUGUUCAUCAAAGCCUCCUUGCCAUUUAGUGAGGAUUUACACACUGUAAGAGCACAAUAGGACUUGAGAUAAGAUUCCUAGCAAUCUGAUUAUGGUUUGAACAAUAAUGUAUGUAUUUUGUUUCAGCUAGAAGGCUCUGAUGAUAUUGAUCAUUGGAAAACCUUUUCCCUAUGUUGUGUGUGGCUUUUUGUUUUUAAUUUUUCCAUGACAUUGAUGUCUGGCUUGCUUCCUUAUAACUACUAACUUACAAUGGGAGGUUUGUAAACUUUGGUUCAGUUUUUGACUUUUUUAUCCUUAAUGUGCCAAAUAAAACAAUUUCCCUAUGCAGAAAUGAAGAACAGCAUUGGGGAAUUAUGGUUAUUAAAAUGUAAAAAGCAGCUGGUCUGUUAUUAUUUGUCUUUUUGUUUAGUUGUAAUGUGACUGUAUUGUUCACAGAACAGUUUUAAAGAAGACCUUUGAUAGCAGAACAGCGAAAAAACCCAACCCUAUAAAACCCAUUCAAACUGUCUUUUAAAAAAAUUACUAAAUAAAAAAAAAAUAGACUAAGACAUUCAUUUACUGGCAGUAUUUUCUCUUAAUGCAUUUUGUAACGCUUCUAUUGGUAGAAUGUUAGCUUACGCUUAUGGUGUACAACUUGGAAGCCCAGCUGCUGUUUGAGAGAGUAAGUGAUGCUAAUUGUCAAGUUUCAGAAAUGGCGUGUUUCUACUCUGUAUUUUGGUCUGUUUAUGAUAAUUGAAAGUAAAAUUUCCAUUGUGAUAAUUUUUUUAAUCUACACAUGUAAGCAUUAAAAUACGAGGCUACAUGUUUAAUACAUGGCACACAUUAAUGUUUUUAUAGCUUUCAUAUGUUUUGGUUUAUAUAUUAAAGUAUGAAACACUCAACUGAUCUGCUUUUUUAAAAAGAAACUGCAUCUUUGUACAAAUACUUGUUUUUAUUAUAUAAAUGACAAGCUAUUUAAAAAAAACCACUUAAGUGAUAGCCUUUAAAUACUGUAAUAAAGGAAAACAUCUUUGCCUUUA